GGGAGGGCGCAGCGGAGCCGCCGCGUUUCGCCGCUCGGCGCUGCCAUUACGGCUCGGCUCGGCUCGGCACGGCACGAUCUUAAAAGAAAAAUUAACAUAUACCUAAAUGUGCUGCUUAGAUUUCAGCUAUUCGGCGAUUUAACUCUGUUGUCAAUCAGACACAGACUGCUCUGGGUGCAGGUGGGUUUGUUCAGACACUGCCGCUGCCCACAGCGAGCAGGACUUGUGCCGAGAGGAGGAGGGGAACUCUGCAAGGCAGGUGAGGCUGGGUGGUGAAGAGCAGCAUGGACCUGGAUGUGCUGAACAUGUUUGUCAUCGCCGGUGGCACCCUGGCUAUCCCCAUCCUGGCCUUCGUGGCCUCGUUCCUCCUGUGGCCCUCAGCACUUAUCCGCAUCUACUACUGGUACUGGCGCCGAGCCUUGGGCAUGCAGGUUAGAUAUGCAAACUACGAUGACUAUCAGUUUUGUUAUUCCUAUAGAGGAAGACCUGGAUACCGACCAUCCAUCCUGAUGCUACAUGGGUUCUCGGCCCACAAAGACAUGUGGCUGUCCAUAGUCAAGUUCCUGCCGAAGAACCUGCACUUGGUGUGUGUGGACAUGCCCGGGCACGAGGGCACAACCCGCUCAGACUUGGACGAUUACUCCAUCAGUGGGCAAGCUAAGAGAAUACACCAGUUCGUGGAGUGCAUCAGGCUAAACAGAAGGCCCUUUCAUCUGGUUGGCACUUCCAUGGGGGGAAAUGUUGCCGGCGUCUAUGCUGCUCAGUACCCAGAAGACAUUUGCAGCCUGACCCUAAUCUGUCCUGCAGGCCUGCCAAGUACCACCGACAGCAAGUUCAUUAAGCAGCUCCGGGAGCUGCAGGAGUCCAAACGCAUUGACAGGAUCCCUUUAAUCCCCUCAACGCCCGAGGAGAUGGCGGAUAUGCUGAAGCUUUGCUCCUACGUUCGCUUCAAGGUGCCACAGCAGAUCCUCCAGGGCCUCGUUGAUGUUCGCAUUCCACACAAUGAAUUUUACCGGAAACUGUUUUUAGAAAUUGCGGAUGAAAAGUCCAGGCACUCUCUCCAUGAGAACAUGAGCAAGAUCAAAGCACCAACGCAGGUCAUCUGGGGAAAGCAGGACCAGGUCCUGGAUGUUUCUGGCGCCAGUGUUUUAGCAGAUGCAAUCCCGGACUGCCACGUGUACAUCCUGGAGAACUGUGGGCACUCAGUGGUGGUGGAGCGUCCCCGCAAGACGGCCAACCUCAUCCUGGAGUUCCUGGCGCUGCUGCACAGCAUAGACAACAACAAGAAGCAGGCGUGAGCAUGGCAGGGAGCUGAGUGCCCAUGCCGGGUCUGUUAAAUUGUAGAGUACUGCAGAUUUGAUAAGUUCUCAGGGAUCUUGUACAAAUCGGAGUCAAUGUGCCAAAGUCCCUGAGGAAGGCAGAAUCACUGAUACCUAAACCUAUAGCACCACUGGCACAGUGACCUAGGGGUCAUUGAGCAACCUCCAUAGAUACAGAAAUGGAAGCAGAGUAUUUCCCUUUUCUACUUAAAGUAGAAAUGAGCUGAAAUCACCCAGCGCUCCUCACACAGCCGCCCAUCUUACCCGGGUUACCAGCACGUAGUUAUCCAUGACAUUUACCUAAACUAUACAUGAAGUGUAGGAAGGAGGGAGCAUCCUGGACUGAGACUUACAGUAUUUCUACUCCUUAGAGUCCGUCGUGUUGCAUGCUGCUGUGCUGUAAGAGAGCCCCCCAGUGCUCCAGGCGUCUGCUUGAGUGCUCUCUGUGUAGCUCCUUAACUCGUGAUUUAUGCAGAAAACAACAGAAAACUUCACGUGUGGAAGUCCAAUGACUGUAUGUGCAAAAAUGUUUACACUCCGAGUGGGUUUUUCUAAAUCCCUGAAUAGCUCCUGUGUACAUGUAAAUGCCUUAAUGUUGCCCAGGGUGCGGCAUCCGCGCACAGCCCGCCUUGCCCAGGGAUGGUUCUCCCUGAGGAUGAACAUAGCCAGUGGAAAUGGAGGUGCAGAAGGCAGCUUUGCCACCGCUGUGUGAACCAGAGGAAUGGAAACAGCCCGGGGUGAUUCAGUCACUGGGCCCGAGUCAGCAAUAAGCCCAUGGGCGAAUUCUUGUCUGAGUUCCUCUAUCACAUCGUGCUGCUGAACACCUUGAUGUAAAUAACGAUUUUCUUUAUGAAUUCUGUGAAUUCUGCAAAAGCCAAUGUCACCAAGAGAGGUGUGAGGGGUGGGAGCGGGCUGCGUGUGUGGCUGCUGCAGGGGAUGUGGGCUCCUGGGCUCGCUGGGCAGCGAGGACGGAGUCAGCUCGCCCCCGAGGUGCUGGGUAGUGGUUUGGAAAGGUACAGUGUGCUUUUGAUGAUUAUGACUCCUGAUCAAGUGAAAUUAUAGGUAGAAACGGGCAACUCUCCAGGUGCGGUCCCUCCUGCCUACCACAGGACAGGGCACUGGUCCCGGCUGCAGGCAGGACCGGUGGGUGCUGGAGGGCAAGGCAGUGCGUGGUGCCCUCAAAGGCAAAGCAGCAGGUGGCUGUCACCCCUGGGUCACCCCCAGCCCUCCUGGGGGGUUGACAGCAGGUGCUGCUCUAGCCCCCCCCAGACUGGGAACGCAGGCUUGCGGUGCUGACAGCCAUCUGCGCGACGGCUUCCCGAGGUACCCCCAUCUGUACAUACAUCUGAAACUCCUCGCCAGCUUCUCUGCUCUUUUUAAGAGAAGAAACACUGUUCUUUUAGAAAAUUAGAAAUUUGCUGUUAAUUGCUUGGUUAUUGUUUCUACUACAGGAGUUGAUUUAAAAAAAAAAAAAAUUGAUGAUAGUUUUAUGUGGUGAAAGCCAGAAAAACCUGUUGGGUAUCUAUAUGGUUUCUCAUGCCACAGAUUGCUGUAUGCAAAGGAUUUAUAUGGCUAUUAAAAUCUAGUGAUUUAAGGA